CUCAAUCUUCAAAUGUAUCUAGUUGGGGAGUCUCUCUUUCCCCUUGCAGUUAAAAUGUAAUGAUUGGAACUAAACAGCUGUACUGAGUAUUUCAUCAUGAUUAAUUUGAUAUGGUGUGUGUUCAUAUAUUUGUUAGGAAAUUUUCAUUUGGCUGAUGAUUUUCGGUAUGCCUUUAUCUGUGAAUGGUAUGAGGAGCUUGCAGCUCGUACCAGGACGUUUCAGUUUUUUUACUACUCAGGAAGCAAAAGUAUAGAAAUGUUUGAUGUGAAAACAAGAAAGAUGUUUCUAAAAACAAAUUUAGCCUCCACACCCAUUGAGCUGCAAGAUUUGUACAUUGGGGCCUCCAUCAACGUGUUGGGAAGGCAACUAACUAUUGUUGAUUUUGGUGACGAAUUCACUAAAAGAAAACUCAUGUCUAAGCUGGAGAGAACCUUGGGUUACAUCAAGCCAGAUGCUGUGGAACGUAUGGGGGAGGUAAUAUCCGCCAUUUAUGACAGGGGUCUGGCCAUUUCCAAAAUGAGGCUUUGCAAGUUGAAUCAGAACGAUGCCUUCAGAUUUUAUCAGGAGCAUGCAGGGAAAAGUUUUAUGCAGGAUCUGAUGAACUAUGUCACAAGUGGGCCUAUCCUGGCUAUGGAGCUGGUAGGAGACAAUGCUGUCCUGCGAUGGCGGGAGCUCAUUGGUCCCACUGAUCCUGCCAAAGCUAGGUCUGAGGCUGCGUCGUCGUUGCGAGCACGAUUUGGCAGAGACGUCACCCACAAUGCUGUACAUGGCUCCGACAGUCCCGCGUCUGCUGCCAGAGAAGUGGAGUUCUUCUUCCCAUCCUGUGCCAAACAGACGUUCACAAACUGUGUGGCGGCCGCUGGCUGCACCCUCUGUGUGAUCAAACCACAUGCGGUCAAGGCUGGUCUGGCUGGAAAAAUCAUCUCCGCCAUACAAGACCAAGGCUUCUUGAUCAACACAAUACAGUUGUUUAACAUAGAGAAGGCCAAUGCUGAAGAGUUUUAUGAGGUGUACAAGGGGGUGGUCCAUGAAUACCCAGGUAUGGUCAACGAGUUAACAGCGGGGCCAGUCAUUGGCAUGGAGAUUCUGGCCAAAUCAAAAACAGGCCAUCUGGUUGAAGAGUUCCGUGAAUUUUGUGGUCCCAUGGAUCCAGAAAUAGCUCGUCACCUCCGUCCCAGGACACUGCGCGCUAUUUAUGGCCUGAACAAAAUCCAGAACGCCGUCCACUGUACUGACCUCCCUGAUGACGGGCCAUUAGAGGUUGAAUAUUUUUUCAAAGUCCUUGACCGAAGUGCAUAACAGGAGGAUACUAGAAAAUAUACAAAAAUGAAUUAUCUAUUUAAUUAUUUUGUGCCUGAAUUGAAUACACACUUUUAACAAACAUUGUCUGAAACAUUUUUUAGAAGACAAUUUAAACAAUAAAUUUUAAUUAGAACUAUUUUUAGCCAAAUAUAUGAAAGAAAACAAUGCCUUGAAAUAUUUAAAAUAAGUGUUUGAGUUGAUGUGAAACAUCUUUUAAACACUACCUCUUUUAACAUAACUGUAUUUUGAUAUUUACUAAAAGAACCACUUUUGAAUUUGUAUUUUAUUAUUCAUAAAAAAACACUGAAGCAGUUUGUGAUGAUGAUUUGUUUUAACAAGGUCAUGUUAUUCACUGCUAAACUAUAGUUCUAUUUUUAUCCUCAGCAAAAAAAAAUCUCAUAUAUAUAUGUUUUAAUAUUAAAUUUCAAAAGAAUU